CCAGCCACAUCUCUCCGCUGUUGUGUGGCGCAAGCUCACCCUCAACUGUGGCGGGCCCUGAGUUCCUGAAUUCUGGUGGUGGUUGACGGGCCAUUUCAGCACUCCGGCUCCGGCUUCAAGACCAUGACGUUGCAUCCGCCUCGACUCCAUGGCGCAAUUGGCCAAUGAUAGCCUCAUGUUCGCUCGAAAUGGGACCCAGAAUAUGUACGGAGUAUCCAGCCUUGCAAUGUGAUCAUAGAUUGAGGACAGCAAGCUUCUUCUCUCUACUUUUCCCUUCAUUGCGGUCUGUGUACGCGUCUAUCUGUGAACUUCCGCUCAGUGCACGCCAUGGUCCAACAGCAUCCUCUCCAGAAACUGAGGUCGCCCUCACGGACCUUCUCCUUAUUGCUCCAUGCCUUGGGUGUUGCGUCUUUCAGUUACAACUUCCACUUCCUGACGGUCUGGGAGACACCGUUCGACCUGGCGUACGGAUGGCACUUUCAAUUCCUCACCAUCCUGGGUCUCUCGGCUGCCCUGCUGUCUUUCAGCUUUGGCAUCCUAGCCGACCUGACCCUGGCGCCCGUGUUCUUCAAAGCGAAGAACAUCAUCUCCAUUGUCGCUACCCCACUUGAAGUGGUCAUCUCGAUACUCUACUGGGGACUCCACCUCAUCAACCCAGAGCUUCUCUUCGUGGACAAUAUGCGCCUGCCAGUGCUCACAGACAUGGGAUUUCACCUUGCCCCUUCGGUGUUCUUGACGUUGGACCUGGUGCUGUUGAGUCCGCCCUGGACGAUCCCUGCCUAUGGCAUCAUGGCGAUGAGCACUGGCUUGGCUCUUAGUUACUGGUACUGGAUCGAGCUAUGCUUCAGUCACAAUGGAUGGUACCCGUAUCCCAUUUUCGGGUUGCUCAACACCAUGCAGAGGGCGCUUCUCUUCACGUUCGCGGCCUUCUUGUCGACAGUCUCCAGCAUGAUGCUCAAGUGGGUGUAUGGCAAGGUCAAUGGAUACGAAGGAGCUCGCGUGGAAGCACACAAGCCGCUGAAAAAGGUGCAGUGAAUUUUUAGAAGCCUUCAGCGAAAGGGGCGGCGAGUCUCGAGCUGAGGAACAACAGGGGUAUGAAACUGCGGACAUUGAGCCAGAAUAGAGAGAAAUCAUAGAAGUAAACUUAGAAAAAUAAGAAUACAUUGCAUCCAAAA